AUUUUAAAAACCAGGAUUUAUCCAACCACUUCCGGGUAAACUUGUGUGUUGUGUUGGCUCUGCAUCGACAGCAUGAUGAAAUAGCAAAGUUGACAAGCUUUUGCAACUGUGAUGGACUUGUUGUCGAUGCUGCUGUCCCUUGUGGGCGUGGCAAUUUUUAUUGCUGUUAUUGCUUUGAUCAUUGUUGCCAUGUCAACUAAGCCUUAUCCAGACUUGGGACGGUAUGAUAGUGAGAAAUAUUUCUUGAAUGAGAAGCAAGAGAAAUGUUUAUUUCCGUCAAUCAAUGACCCUGCCAGUGUAGAGCUGUCUGUGAUAGUACCCGCCUACAACGAGGAAGAAAGAUUGCCAAUGAUGAUGGAUGAAGCUUUAGAACAUUUAGAGGAGAGAAAGAAAAAAUUAAAAUCAUUUACAUACGAAGUCAUUGUUGUUGAUGAUGGUAGCAAAGAUAAAACCACACAGACUGCCCAAAGUUAUUGUAAUAAAUAUGGAUCUGACAAGAUUAGAGUUUUAACUCUCGCAAAAAAUCGAGGGAAAGGAGGGGCCAUUAGACUGGGGAUGUUUUCUGCUCGAGGUCAUUACCUGCUGUUUGCAGAUGCUGAUGGUGCAAGUAAAUUCAGUGAUUUUACUAAACUUGAGAAUGAAAUGAAAAACAUGAAAAAGGACAGUAGCAAUAGAGCUGUGGUCUGUGGGUCUCGGGCUCACCUGGAGGAAGAGUCCAUUGCUCAGAGGUCUUUCUUUAGGACUAUAUUGAUGAAAGGAUUCCACUUUGUGGUGUGGUUUCUCUGUGUUCGAGGAAUCAAGGACACACAAUGUGGAUUUAAACUUCUCACUAGGGAGGCAGCUGUUCUUUUGUUCUCUAACCUGCAUGUAGAGAGAUGGGCCUUUGAUGUAGACAUGCUAUUCCUGGCUCAGUAUUUUAACAUUCCAGUAGGAGAGGUGGCCAUAAACUGGACUGAAAUUGAAGGUUCAAAAAUGGUGCCAGUAUUUUCAUGGAUACAGAUGGGAAAAGACAUUAUUUUAAUACGACUGCGGUACUUUUUAGGUGCUUGGAAGAUCACUGAAAAAUCCAAAUUAGAAUGAUUGAUUUAUAUAGCAUAGAUUGAGACCAUUUUGUAUGAGAGGGGCUUUCAUUUAGUCAUUAUUCACCGUUGUAGCAGAGUGUGAGCUAAUUGUUUCUACUACAUGUACUAUAUAGAUGCAAUAAAUAUGUAUGGCUUAUU